CUAGCUGCGGUUAGCACCAGCACAGAGGAGUUAAAGUUUGUUUUACUUAGAUUUACGAGUCCAAACACAUGUCUGGUACCAUCGUGAUUAGCAUGCAGGUCUGUCCCUGGUAGGAAAGAAGUGAAAACUGUGUGCAAUGGGAAUGGAUUUCUUACCACUAUCUGAUAGGCCAUGAUAGGCUUGUCAAGUAAUGCAGGGGUUAUGGAAAGUCUAAUGAAUUCUGCUGAAGAGCAGCAGCCUUCCUCUCCACCGGCCAACUCAUGGUCUAACCAGGAGGAAAUAAACAAGAAUGAAACGCCAAAAUGUGUUGGUGGAUUUGUUCUAGUGCACGCAGGUGCAGGAUACCAUUCUGAAUCUAAGGCCAAAGAGUACAAGCAUGUGUGCAAAAGAGCCUGCCAGCGGGCUGUGGACAGACUCAAAGCGGGGGCACUCGCAGUGGAAGCAGUGGCCGCAGCUCUGGUUGAACUUGAGGACUCUCCUUUUACAAACGCCGGCAUGGGUUCCAACCUUAAUUUGUCAGGGGAAAUUGAAUGUGAUGCAAGUAUCAUGGAUGGGAAGUCGCUGCAUUACGGUGCGGUUGGAGCUAUUAGUGGUAUUAAGAACCCAGUCUUAGUUGCAAACCGUCUUCUGAGUGAAGCACAGAAAGGGAAACUGUCAGCUGGCAGAAUACCACCCUGCUUCUUAGUGGGGCGUGGAGCACACGAAUGGGCCGUCAGUCAUGGAAUACCACCGUGCCCUUCAGAGAAAAUGGCCACCAAGUUCAGUUUAUCUGCGUAUAAGAGGAACAAGCGAAAGAUGGAACUGGCGGAAAAAAUGGACAUGGGUCAUAAUCAUGCAAAGAAAAGACGACAAUCAAGUGAAACUGAAAAUGGUUCCGGGUGCCUCGACACGGUGGGAGCCGUUGUGGUAGACCUGGAGGGGAAUGUAGCCGCAGCGGUGUCCAGUGGAGGUCUUGCAAUGAAACAUCCUGGCAGGGUUGGCCAGGCUGCUCAUUACGGAUGUGGCUGCUGGGCUGAAAAUGCCUUUAAUAACCCUUACUCUACAGCAGUGAGUACCUCAGGCUGUGGAGAGCAUCUGAUUCGCACCAUGCUGGCACGGGAAUGCUCUGCUGCCAUGCAGUCUGAAGAUGCCCACAAAGCACUGCUGGAGGCUAUGCAAAACAAGUUCAUCAGCUCACCCUUUCUGGCCAGUGAAGAUCGUGUGUUGGGUGGAGUAAUUGUCCUGCGCUGCUGCAGAUGUGUGGAAGCCCCGCCAUCUCCAAAUAUUCAGGGUAUACUGGUGGAGUUCCUAUGGAGUCACACCACAGAGAGCAUGUGUGUUGGUUACAUGUCUGCCCAAGAUAGCAAGGCGAAGACACACAUAUCCAGACUGCCACCUGGGACCGUUCCUGGACAGUGCUUGGCCAUCGAAGGCGGUGUGUGUCGGCUGAUGAGCGUAGCGGAGUGAGCCACAUUUGCCCUCCUUCUGGGCUUCGUGAGCAAUACUCCAACACAAACCCUUCCACCUAACCACACACACACAGGCACACACGCCCCGCUCACCUCCCCACCACCUUUGUGGUGCCAAAAGUAAUAUGCUUUAGUGUUUUAACAGGUGCCCUGGAAGGAGGAAGCAGGGAGGGUGUUAGCUUCUACUUAGUGCACUUACAGGACUUCCCUUCGCCACUGUCUGCCUCUAGCAUGUACUCUAUACAACCCACACGCUUUGCAGUGUCACCUGGAUUAGACUUGAUGCACCAUUGCCUUGAUGCAUUUUUUCUUACUGUUGCUCUUACCCUCUCCUACCCUUUUUUUCCUUUUGUACAUAAGUUAUGAUUUAAGAAAACAGGGUGGAUGUUUGAGUUGUUUUGUAACGCUGAACAGAAGUGACUUUAUUUUGUUCGAUUGCACCUUGUGGAAUGUCUGCUACUCGAGGCUAUUGUUAUAAGUGAAGCAUUUAUAGCUGUGAGAGUUAAACAGUCAUGAUGAAAGCAAUUUACAAUGUUAACACAUACACAUCUAAACGUAUCGUUAUUAAUCAACAUACUGUAUAAUGUAGCAUAAUGUGCAUCUUAGUCAAUGAUGAAUAACAUUAUUAUUUCAGCCAUAGAAUGCUUUGCUUUUAUUGUUUUACAAUGUUAAUACAUAACUAAUGCAUGUCGCAAAAUGUACAGAAAACCUCUCUUGAAAGGUGUAAAGUUAUAAAGGAGGAAGCUAUGCACUUCCAGAAUUAUGCUGACACAUCAACAUAUAUAAAGUGCUCAGGUAGCAGCAUUUGAUCCCAUCUCCAAACAUGACUGUUAGUCAUCAUUUAAAUUGUAAUUUAUACUUGUAUAGUCGCAUUGACAGAGACGUAUUUUCUUGCUAAAAAAAGAUCCUUAAAAAGUAAUUUAUGUUUAAAAACCCAUGAAUUGGUGCUGUUGAGAAUUGUACUUGACAGAAGUAAGGGUCUACAUUUCUGAGAACCAGUGCCUCUGGUUUUGCUGUUUCACUGCUGACUUCCAGUCCCAACAAAAACAUAAUAGAGCUUGUUUAUUCUUUACUUGAAAAUGCAACUAAUAUAACAUGGUUUAAGCUAUGCUAAUAUGUGCACAGCUCUCUACAGUGCUCAAAGGUAAAUAAAUCUAUGUUGCUACAA